AUGAACGGCAGCCUCUACGAGGACAGCCCACCGCCGCCCCCGCACCAGGUGAUAGUCCAGGCGACGCCGCCCCCACCGUCCGGGCCCCCGCCGCCCCCGCAGCAGCAGCAGCAGCCGCCGCCCCCGCAGCAGGCGCCGGCGCCGCCGCCCAGCAGGACCGCCGCGACGCCCGGCAGCCCCCCGGCGCCGCCCCCGCAGGCCCCCACGACCGGCGGCGGCCCGACGAGCGCCACCUCGACGAGCAGCGGCAGCGCCAGCGGCAGCAGCACGCCCGCCGCCUCCGCCGGCGCGCCCCCGGGCGCCCUCGCGCCGCCCCCGCAGCCGCAGCAGACGCCGCCCCCGCAGCAGGCGCCGCCGCCGCCGCACAGCGACGCCAGCGUCGAGGCCACGCCCGCCAACACCGGCAGCACGACGACGUCGGCCGGCCCGCUGCACAUCCCGGCCAAGCGGCUGACGUACGCCGACUGCCCGCCAGACGUGGGCCUCGGCGGCGCCGCGCCGCCCGGGCUCGCCGGCGGCAACGGCGCGGGCGCCGCGGCGCUCGCCGGCGCUGGCGUCAUCCGCCACUCGCAGGGCUCCGGAGGAGGCGCGGGGGGCCAGCCGUGGUCGGCGUACGACUCGUUCGAGCAGCACUACCCACCGCCCCCGCCCACCUACUAUAACCUGGCAGCGGAGCCCGGCGCGGGCAGCGGCGGAGGCGGCGCGGGUUCCGGGGGCGGCGGCGCGGGCAGCGUCCGCUCCUCCAAGUCUUCGUCGUCCACUUCCUCCACCUCGAUGGCGGCCAACGCAGUAGCGGCGGCCGCGGCACUCAGCUUCUGGUCGCCGGCCAACGUGGCGUCGUCGGGCGCCGGGGGCGGCAGCGCGGGAGGCGGGGGUGGCGGCGGCGGGGGCGGCGGCGGCGCGGGCAGCGGCGGCAGCGGCACCAACUCCGGCGGCGGCAACACGCCCGAGUACAAGUACUCGGCGGCGGUGGGGGCGGGCUCCGGGGGCGGCGCGCAGGACUGCCACCAGGGCUUCUCGCCGCAGUCGUGGUGCAACUACUCGGCGUACGGCUCGCGCCACCACCCGGGGGCGGCGGCGGCGCACGUCGACCCGCACCACCACCACCACCACCACCACCAGUACUCGGCCGAGGACCGCGGCCGCGUCGCCGCCGCCAUGUCUGGAAAAUGCCGGGGUGUAACACUGGGCACUCUGGCUCUUUCUCUUCACGUCAUGGAUGAGUUGCGUUACCCCGGAUACCAGCACUGUGUGCUGGUCCAGGAGAGUUAA